CUUCCUUGCCCUCCGCUCUUUUUUUUAUCGUAUUUAGACAAACCGCCCUGCUAUUAAUUUACACUCCUCCCUCUCUAUCACUGUUUCACUGGCAAACGAGACGACUCUUUUCGCGCUGACGCAUUUCAUAUAGAACCCGUCCGCAUUACUGGGCAUACGAUAAAGAAAAAGCGAUAUAAUGCUCUGGCCGCUGUUGCUCUGUGGCCUGGCCAGCCUGGCGGUCAUUCUACGGCUGCUGCACCUGUAUGGGGACCGCAAGCGGUGUGCGUGGUAUGUGCAGGUGGCGGCUGUAACCAGCUGGUACCUGCCAUUCACAAUUGUCUUCAUUCUGCCCUUCGACUUCAGCUCGACGCUGUACCGCGGGUGCUCGGCAAACUGCGACGAGCCCAUGGGGUACAUUAGCGACCGGCUUACGCGGCAGAUGUGGUGGGUCUUGUACUGGACAAUGUACUUGCUGACAUGGCUUGUGAUCCCGCUCAUCAUGUCGUAUGUGGACUCUGGUGCAUUCACGUUCCGCGACCGCCUGCGCGAGUCCGCAUGGAGCAACCUGCAGUUCUAUGGAGUCAGCGGCCUGAUUGGCUUGGUAGUAAUCGGGUACAUUGCUGUGACCCGGCAGUUUUUUGGCGCAGAUCUGAUGGCAUUCCUCAUGGCCGCGGCCAACUUCUGGGGUCUAGCGCUAGUCAUUCUGUUCAUGGGCUUCGGCCUUGUGUCGAUUCCACGCAGGCUCUGGCAUCGCGGCGAUAUGAAGCGAGAGCUGCAAAAGAUCGAGCGUCGCGCAAUGGCAUACAAGGACAAGGCAUAUGAUGCCGAGCUCGAACUGGCCGAUAUUGUCAACGAGGUCAACAUGGUGGCACGGCGCAUCAACCAAGCAGACGAUUUGCGGCCGUGCGUGGAGACAAUCUUGAAGAAAUGCCCGAGGCUCGGGGAGAGGGCGCCACAGGCGUCUGUGGCGAGGGUGCCAGAGGCCAUUACCGAGGCGUACCUGGCGCAGCUGCAUAACCGCGUCAAGCAGGCUGUGCUUAGGGAUGAGCGCGACCGGUGGCGGUGGAGGAGCUCUGCGAAGCGCGCGUUUUUCCUGCAGGACGCACUGGCAUCCAGGGUUAACCCGAAUCGCCAGAUCGAGUCGAAUCUGCGCCCGUGGAACGAGUGGAGCCCGCUGUACCGAUCGCUGAUGUGGUGGUGGUACAUUAUCUUCCGCCCGCUGGUCUUCCGCGCGCUAUCGCUAAGCGCAGCAGUUUUGAGCAUAUCGGUGCUUUGGUCCGAGGUCACGUUCAAUGUCACCACCCCGCAUCUGUCGAUCGUGCACCAUGUGCUGCGCUCACUGGGACUCACGUACUUUGCCAUUGAGAUCACAAGCAUUGUGCUGAUCGCGUACAUGUCGCUGUGUGCGUACAGCUCGGUGAUGCAACUCAGGAUCUUCAAUGUGUACUCGCUCGAGGCCCACCACCACACCAACGAGCGCAGCCUGCUGUUUUGCGGCGCGUACCUGUGCCGCCUGAUGUUCCCACUGUGCUACAAUUUCCUGACCAUGGCAGGCGGCCUAGACGAGACCGAGUUUGCGCAGUUCAUGGGCCGCAUUGACCUUGUGCCAGUGCUUGGCGAGCAAUCCAACCGCGCCAUCCCUGUACUGAUUAUGAUUCCGGCCACCCUAGCCUUCUUCAACGUACACGGCCGUGUUGUCGAGUAUUUUAGCAUCAGCCGGAUUGCCUCCCCCGGUGUGCGCACCGGUAACGACGACGAAGAAGCAGAGGUCGGACCAUUGGCCCUGCCAUACGAGGAAGGCCGUGCGCUGAUCCUGGAAGCCCGUCGGACAGCUGAGCGCCGGGAAGGCAAUUCACAUAGCGUCCUGCGCAGGUACUCACCCACAAGCGACAUCCAUGUAAGCAACUUCCGCGGUCACAUUUCGUCUGCCAGCGCAACUGCCGACGUGCCUCUGGAAAACGGCGUGCGGGACCCGCGUGAAUGGCAUUUGGGAAGACCGUCGCUGGAGCAGCUCACAGACGACGGCUCGCAGUCACCAUUCCUGCCUGACACGUUCCUGCAUGGCGCCCGCACCAGCGGCAGCAAUGAAGACGAUACUGAUGAUAACGGCGAUGUCAGCGACUCUGAAGGCAGCGGCCGGUCGCAGCCGCCAAAUGCCACACAGAAGCCAACUGGUCUGGCGGCUCGCUUCGGGCGGUGGCUACCUGGUUCCGGCAGCAUACCGCCACGGAGAAUUGCAAACGGAGGCAGAGCUGCCCGGGUGCCUGCGUCAAGGCUGCGCAACACGGCACGAUUCAACUAUGCCAGCGACGAUGCGCUGACAGCACUCAGGUCGCCAAGCCCUGAUCUGCCAGGCGUGGUGCAGCGGCACCAGCAGUACGGAGCCGUCGGUGCCCAGCGCAGCCAUUAUAGACAGGGCUCGGAUAGCCUGCCGUCGCUGCAUCCACUGGUGCUGACCAGGGGCGAGGGCGCGCGUGGACGCGGUGCGUCGUACACCUCGCUAAGCUCGGCUGUCAGCAACCACAACGCGGCAGCGCUCUCGCCCAUCAGACAAACCAACGGCACACGCUCGCAUAUACAGCGCCCGGUGUCUCGCUCGCGCAACAUGGUCCACUCGCCGUCUAGCCCAAGGAACCCGUCCAAUCCGUGGAUCGACCCCUCGGAUUCGGCGUCUUCACGCCAGCUCCGCCGGCAUGCUCUGUCCGAUGCACCACCACAGCCCUCACAACAUAGCCAGCGUCGCCGCACGUAGGACGGCCAGCUUUUCCGCGUUCUUUUUUCAAUCACUUUCCUCUCUCUCACCGCUAAUGUGUAAUAUUACCACGCCAUCAC